AGGACUUCUAUUAAAAAAACAAAAAAAAACAACAACUGAAGAUCGUCCCUACCACGCCGGGAUUUAAGGCUGCGAAGAGGACUUCUCCAAUCUACUUGCCAGUCAACAUGUCCGAGGUGCUGCCAUACAACGAGGGGAAAAUGAGCGGCUACGGGGCUGACAGCGAGGUCAGCCAGAUGUCCUUUAGCUGCGGACUGCAGGACACAAGCGCCUUUUUUGCCGGCUCGCAGGCCAAGAGACCCCCGAAGCUCGGCCAAAUCGGCAGAGCCAAGCGAGUGGUAAUCGAGGACGACCGAAUAGACGAGGUCCUCAAAGGGAUGACAGACAAGUCGUCGCCUGGGGUUUAAAGAUCCGCCUCCAUUGCAGACUCUUUUCAUUUUGAUCACCGAUUUGAAGCACUUGUCGGCUGUGCAUGUUGGAGGAUUGCAGAGAGGGGGGGGGGGGGGGAGGAGGAGAAAGAGAAGACGGCCACACACGCAGUGAGGAUGACGAUGGGAUGAAACGCGGCGGAGGAAAAGCAAGCUAACCAGAAGGAUGGAAGAGGAGGAGUGGAAAGAUUCGCCGUGGGAUAUCGCUGGCAAUCCUCCCAAAACGAUUCCCGCUUUUUCUUGUCUUUUUUCGGGAAGAAAAAUCCCCCCUUCCCAAAUGCCGAGACGUGGCGUCUCGAUGUGCGCUGGCUUCAUUCUGAAAGGUGAUGGAUGAACUUGUCAUUUAAACAAACAUCACCACCCGCCGCUAUGUCUUUUUGUUCCC